CACAAAGAGGGAUCAAGUCAACAAACGGCAUCGGUGAUCAAACUCGCCUCAUCUGGUAGGCGCGUCCCACCCAAUAAAACACCGUAAUUCACAGGAACACAGUCGAACAAACAACUCCUUCAAUUCGAUCAAAUUAUAUUCUGCUAUACUCGCGCGAUUUCCUACCCACUCUUCAAAUUCCUGCUCCAAAUCGAAAGAUCGAAAGAAAUAUUGCACUCUCAGGUGUCAGUUCCACAUUUGUGUUACGUCUUGCGAAACUGGUGAAAUUGCUUGAGGAUGUUUCCUGGAAUGAUGGAUCCGGAGAUGAUGAGACUUGCUCAAGAGCAGAUGAGUCGCAUGUCACCCGCCGACUUAUCCAGGAUCCAACAACAGAUGAUGUCGAAUCCGGAGUUGAUAAGAAUGGCGACAGAUAGCAUGAAAUACAUGAAAGCUGAUGACUUGAGGCAUGCUGCAGAACAGUUGAAGUCAACUCGACCAGAUGAGAUGGCAGAGAUUGGUGAGAAGAUGGCCAAUGCAACACCUGAGGAGCUAGCCGCUAUGCGCUCCAGAGUAGAUGCACAAUUAACUUAUCAAUUGAAUGCAGCUCAGAUGCUGAAAAAACAGGGGAAUGAAUUUCACAGUCAGGGAAGGUAUAAUGAUGCCUUGGAGAAGUAUAUGCGGGCAAAAAACAAUCUAAAAGGUGUUCCGGCAUCCAAAGGUGGAGCUCUCCUACUCGCAUGCUCUCUUAAUUUGAUGUCAUGUUACUUGAAAACAGGGCAAUAUCAUGAGUGCAUAAAAGAAGGUACUGAGGUAUUGGCAAAUGAUGCAAAAAAUGUCAAAGCUCUAUAUAGGAGAGGCCAAGCAUAUAAAAACUUAGGACAACUAGAAAAAGCAGUGUCGGACUUGUCCCAAGCACGUGAACUUUCUCCUGAAGAUGAAACUAUUGCAGAUGUUUUGAGAGAUGCCAAGGAAGGGUUAACUGAACAAGGAGAUGAAGGUGCAGCAGGAGGCAUAAGAAUUGAGGAAAUUACGGAUGAGGUAGCAACUACAACUUGCGAAAUGAAACAAGCUUCGUCUUCAGAAUCUUGUGACCAUGUUAGUAAACAAGCAAGCAGUGGUGGUGUUCUUCCAACCAAUUCAGAACAUCUGCAAGACAAAGAAUCCAUCAGAUCCUUUCAGAAGUUCAUGUCUAAAGCUGAUCCAGAAACUCUGGCAUCUCUGAGUGGUGGAAAAUUUGAAAACAUAUCUCCUGAUAUGGUGAAGACUGCCUCAAGUUUAAUUACAAAAAUGCCCCCAGAAGAAUUUCAAAAAAUGCUCCAGAUGGCUACCUCCUUCCAGGGGGAGAACCCAUUGUUGAAUAAUAAUAAUAAUAACUAUAAUGGGUCAGGUAUGCCAAAUGUGACACCUGACAUGCUUAGAACUGCAACUGAUAUGAUGACUAAGAUGCCAGCAGAAGAGCUCCAAAAGAUGUUUGAAAUGGCAUCAUCUUUAAACGGGCAAAAUCCAAUGGCAACAGAGAGUGGUGGGAGUAAUAUUUCAGAAGGGCAAGAAAGUCAAUCUCAAGGGUUUUUGAAUUCAAGAAUUGGACCUCAACCGAGCUCUGAUAUUCGAAGCCAGUUGAAGAAUCCAGCCAUGCGUGAGAUGAUGUCAUCAAUGAUGAAAAAUAUGAGCCCUGACAUGAUGGCAAACAUGAGUGAACAAUUUGGAGUGAAACUCUCUCGGGAGGAUGCAGAAAGAGCUCAACAAGCGAUGUCCUCUUUGUCACCAGAGAACCUGGAUAGAUUGAUGAAGUGGGCUGAUCGAAUUCAGCGAGCAGGCGAAGGUGCUGUAAAAACCAAAAAUUGGCUCCUGGGGAGGCAGGGGAUGGUUAUGGCCGUAUGUAUGCUCCUUUUUGCAAUGUUUCUCCAUUGGCUUGGAUACAUUGGCAGUUAAGAUCCAUCAUUUACACAAAAGAAAACAUGCUAUCUGCUAUGAUGUAAUCAUUCAGGAGUGGAAAGUAUAAUGCCUAAAUGCACAGAUUAGGAGGUGUUUGUUCGGGACAUGUUAGUGUUCUUAAGUUGAAAAAUGUAACACCCACAAUCCUAGUUUUAUAUUGAAUUCUUCCAAUAAGUUUUCACCAGCAAAUAA